GCUUAUAAGCGACGACCGCCGUCGCGCCGGGUGCCAGUAAUCACUUUGGAUUAUUCUGCAGCAGAUUGCCCGAAGCUGAAAAGAAGAGACGUGCACGCACGAGUCGCAGAUCGCAAACAAAUAGCGAUUCUCCCUUGGUUGAUGAAUCUUUCCGAGGCCACCAUCGUUGACGGCUGCCCGAGGCUCGAGGUUUCCCGGAGGAUCGAAUUUCGAAGGGCAGGUCGGGACAGGAAGAGAGGAAACACGCCGACGGCGAGCCUGGCAGCGCGAAGACGAUUCACGAGAAAGCAGAUAACGGAAUUGCUAUUCGAGAGUUGCAUUGACUGUGGAAAAAUGUCUACCAUUCCGCAGGGCGCUUUCGCAGUGUGGAAAGUUCGCUCUAACAACGAACACAUCGUCUCUAUGUCUGCGAUGGAGAAAAAGGAGAAUACUGAAGAGAAGAAGGAAAAUAUAUUCAAUUCGAGGCCUCCGCUGGAAGGUUGGGAAUUGACGCCACUUAAGUACAACAGUAAAUUGAUGAACAGCAUUUGGGGCCUGUACAAUCGCUAUUCGGUGCACAACUUUAAGAAGAACACCGACGCCGAGAAGGGGGCCCGCGGUGGGGUGGCCGCGGCGAUCUGGGGUGCCAUUUUGGAGAACCAGCCCCCGGCCGCCAACGCCGCCGCCGCCACCGCCACCGCGGAAGCCCCCCAGAUUAUGAGGGCCGGAAAUCGCCUCUAGACGCGGCCACGUGACUUCGAAAAUCUACUCAGAGAUGGUAAAGUUGGGGAUGAGCGCGAAUUAUACGUAUAAUUAUUAUAAUUUGUAUAAAAUGGGAUAAUAUACUAGUACGCGUGUACAGCGAAAAUUACGUGUGUACGAAAGACCAGUUUACAUGUAUACAGAUUUUAUAAUUAUAUUUAGUUAUGUAUUAUAUAUAUAUUGUGAUGAAAUUAAUAAAUAAACUU